UUACCUUUCACUUUUGAUAAGUAUUCUUCUAUCAUAUAAAACUUCGAUAGCACUUUCCCAUUUUAACAAUUCAAUUUUAAUCUUUUAAUUAUACACAUCUAAAUUCAAAUUCAUUUGAGGAAACGCACAACUUUUCCCCCAAAUCGUAGUUCGCAUACUCCAUUCCUGACGAGGGAAUCUAAAAGUCUAACAAGAUGCUGCCACAGCGGAUGAAAAAGGUUAUGACUGACAAUCCAAAGAAGUUAGCCAAUUUGAUUGACCUAGUAAAUCUCCCUUCAACACUUAGAGAGUUCACGGGUCAGUCGCAGACCUCCCGCUUGGGUUGUUUUAAGCGUGUCUGGUCUUACAUCAAGGAAAACAAUCUCCAGGAUCCAAACAACAAGAACUUGGUUAAUUGCGAUGAAAAGUUGAAGAGUAUCUUGUUGGGUAAGUCCCAGGUUGAGCUGACUGAACUACCGACGCUGAUCAAGCUGCACUUCCCUAAGCAACCAAGAUGAUUGAGUUUAUUGUAAUGUUUAAUAUAAGUGCAGCAAUUCUUGAACUUUAUACUAGACUCCAUGGAUAUUAUGAAGACAGAUGUUAUGUAGCUUGGUAAAAGACUUGGCUUAUUAGUCAAAGUUCUACAAGAAGAAGCAGAAAGUUGUGUUAUACCACAGUUCCCUCUUUAGGUAAAAUGCUACAUUUUACUGUAUUAAUGCUUUUUUUUGAUGAA